CCUCCCCAACGUCAACUGAUGAGCCCGAUGCUCCAAACACUCCGGGUGAAGGAGAGAGCGCUGGAAAUAUCAGUCAGCGGAAGAAAGUUCGUCAAUUUCGUAGUAAAUCGUGGAAACUUGAGCCCACAGUACGCUUUCUAUCAUGGGCAGGUCGACGCAUGGAAGGUGUGAACAUUGAUUGGGUACUUGAGAAGUUAGGGUUUGAGCAUGCGCGAUUGACAAUUCCUAAGUGGGUUCAGCGUGGUGCGAUGGAUCCCAUGGACAGAUUCUUGUCCGUUUUACUGUACAGACUGCUGUUGGCUGUGCAGGAAAAUGAAGCCAA